ACAAAAACAUUUUACUUUUAUUUCAGGCUGUACUUCAAGAUUUGUUUCCUGAUACACAAUUGUCAAUGCCUGAAGAUGAUGUUUUACAAGAGGCAUUAAAAUACUCACUCAUUACAAAAGGAUUACACCCGACUAAAAUUACGAUAAAAAAAGCAACUCAGUUAUUCCAAACUAUGGUUGCACGUCACGGUGUUAUAUUAGUAGGCCCUGCUGGUAGUGGAAAGACAACUUGUUAUGAAAUUUUAAAAAAUAGUCUAAAUAUCUUAUAUGAUAAACAAGAAAAUAACAAGUUUUAUUGGUCUGUGAAAACUCAUGUUUUAAAUCCAAAAAGUAUUUCUUUAGUAGAACUGUAUGGAGAAAUAAAUUCACUAACUUUGGAAUGGAAGGAUGGACUUAUGGGAUCAAUUGUGAGGACAGCCGUGCAGGAACAAAAUGAUUGCCAUCAUUGGAUUAUCUGCGAUGGCCCAGUUGAUGUUUUAUGGAUUGAAAAUUUAAAUUCGGUACUUGAUGAUAAUAAAAUACUCUGCCUUGCCAAUAGUGAAAGAAUCAAACUUACACCUUUGAUCCACAUGUUGUUUGAAGUUGAUGAUCUUACUCAGGCUUCUCCUGCUACAAUUAGCAGGUAUUGGUAUUAAUUUUUUUA